AUGUCGGCAGCAGUUAUGUCUAACUUUUAUUUUCCACUUAUGGACCAAGACCAUGGGUAUAUGGCUGACUCGCAACUACGCGUCCAGAACUGGAUGCGCGCUCAGAUGGCUCAAUAUCCACCCCCACACCAGGCUGAGCAACAGCAGUACAACCCUCUUUACCCGGCUUCCACUGGCGCCCAGCAGCUCGUGGAUCCCCAGCAACAGCUACAGUUCACCAGCUUGAAUCAGCCGGUCUAUCCAAAGACCGAUGGAUCCGGGCCACCAGAGCAGACUGCUUCGACCCACCAGAUGCACAAUCUGGCGCAGGAGUUACAGCAACACGCCGCCCUAAGUGAACAACAGCGCCACCAUCUCCAGCAAACAGCCCAUCAUAAUCAACAUCACUCUUCACAUGGCACACCACCUCCCGGCAGGGUAGCUCUAUCCCCACUUGGGCAGCAGCAGCAUUCGACGCCAGAAUCUGGGCAGAAGGCUAACAGGCUGCGCAAAGCAUGCGACUCGUGCAGCAUUCGCAAAGUCAAGUGUGACGAGGCUGGCCCACCGUGCCGCGCAUGCUCUUCGCUGGACAUUCCGUGCACCUUCGACAGGCCCAGUCGCAGGCGAGGACCACCAAACAGGCAUGCUGAAGCCAUCAAGCGGCGCCGCCUGGAGGAUGGCACUGGCUCUCCACUGAUGUCAGCCACGUCUGCUCCGUCCUCGCCAACUCAUGCUGCGCAAGCCUUGGCAGCACUUUCCUCCCAUACCUCAAACCAACAGCUUUCUGCGGAGUCCAUCUGUCCUGUGGACACGCUUGAUCUCCUCAUCGACGACUAUUUCACCUACAUCCACCCUUUGGCCCCUUUCCCACAUGAGCCAAGCUUUCGGGAAGCAUGGAAGCGACGCGAGGACCUCACCAACAGCUCGUUUCUGGCACUUCUUGCCUCCAUGAUUGGUGGCCUCGUGGCGUCCUUUCCCCGGAAGCCUCGCCUCCACCUCAAGUCGCAAGGCAGAGAGCACCUGUAUCCAAACCACAUGAGCAUGGUGCUAAGAUGCCAAAAAGUGGCUACCCUGGCCAGAGGUCCUGGGUAUCUGGAAAGCGAGACAUUGAGCGUCUAUGAUGCUGCCACAAGCUAUCUCUUGGCCAUGGCUGCCUUCUACAGCUUCAGAUGGCGUCCAGGUCGGCUGUAUCUCGGCGAGUGUAUGACCAUUGUCCGCACGCUGGGCUUGCACAAGGUGCGUGACCACCGGGAUGAAGACGGCAGUCCAUCUCCACCAAUCGACAACAUUACCCUGGAGAUCGGGCGUCGCGUCUUCUGGACCACCUUUGUGACGAUCAAGAGCAUGCAACAGCUCGGAGCUGCCUCCAAUGAGCCGAUUAUUCCGCCACCGACUCCCAGGGACCCGCAUCCACCACUACCGCUGGAAGUUGAUGACUUCUGCAUCUACCCGACGCAUACCGAACGCCAACCGAUGGGGAUUGUGCCGACUAUCGCUGGCUUCAACGCAAACCUACGUCUUCACUGCUCGUACAACCCUUUGUCUACCAUGGAGCUGGCCUGGGGUAUCGACGCAGUCGUAGAUUGGGAGCGGCAGGAGAAAGUCCUCUACGAAUCACUUCAUCGGUGCAAAGAUGCGAUCAACCAGAUGCCGCCUGAACUGAGGAUCAACGCACAAGGUGGCGUUUCAACGUCCGCCAUGCCCGGGGCGGCUAACCACUCUCACCCUUCAAUGCACAAUGACGCUGCAGCAUCACUCAUGACGGCGGCGCUGCCGGGAGACGAACAGCAGACGUUGGACCAGCGGCGUAGGAUGCAGUACGAGAUCCAGAAAGCCAACAUCUACGCCUCUGCGCUGUCCACCCGCUCAUACAUUGUCGAGAAAUACUGGAAUCUGUGCGAGGCUCGUGAACGUUCGAGAUCGCCAAAACCAGCCUCGCCCGGAUCCGGCAUUACGGCCACUGGUCUGGACGGCCUCAUGUCUCAUCGACCAACCAGCAAUCCCAGCUCGGUCGAGCAAGAGAUGCGCCAAGAGCGCGAGGGCAUUGUGAGGGAUUUGCUUGUGGUGCUCAGCACUAUCGAUGUCGUCAAUAUGGAGCCGAACGCCGACAGCUUUACGAUGAAGAUCCGCUCCAUCGCCGGAACAUUACUCGACGCUCCCGACCCCCGCAGAGGUCACAUCCCCUCUGAAGCUCAAGAAUACCUCAACGCCUUCCUCAAGAUCUUGAUGAGACUUGAGCGUGUCAGUCCACCCAACAGCGACUCUGACCAGCCAGAAGACGACGAAACAGAGUUCAGGAACUGGGCGGACCUCCGUGAUUAUCAGAUGAAGUUUGCGCAGCAGGGCGGUGUACUUGGGCUGGCUUAG